CACUCAGUCGGUGGUUGUUGAUCGUCACGAGCACUACUCGCACUCAAAUCAAUUCGAUUCAGCUCAUUGUAGUUCGUCGCAGUGGCUGUGAAAUCCAAAUCAAAAUCAAAUCGUCGACUAAUCCCAUAUAAUCGCAAUUAAUUAAGAAAUUUUCAAAGCGUGCACAUCGAAAGUUUGUGACAAAAACAUACAAGUUUCCAAUUAUAAAAUCUGGAAAAUCGAAAGAAAAACGUAAACCAAAACCAUUUCUGAACAAGUGAAUUAAACUAUUCAAUAGCAAAUCCGUACGGUUCGUGAGCAGCUCUGCCGGUGGAGCUAUGAUGACCACGACGACCUCGCAGCACCACCAGCACCACCCAAUCAUGCCGCCAGCCAUGCGCCCCGCCUCCGUUCAGGAGAGUCCUGUCUCACGCCCCCGCGCCGUCUACAGCAUCGAUCAGAUCCUGGGGAAUCAGCACCAGAUCAAGCGCAGUGAUACACCCAACGAAGUGCUGAUUACGCAUCCCCACCACGGCCAUCCGCAUCAUAUCCAUCAUUUGCACAGCAGCAACAGCAACGGCAGCAAUCAUUUGUCGCACCAGCAGCAGCAACACCAUCAGCAGCAGCAGCAGCAACACCAGCAGCAGCAGCAGCAACAUCAGCAACAAUUGCAGGUUCAGGCCAAAAGAGAGGACUCCCCAACGAAUACGGACGGAGGUCUGGACGUGGAUAACGACGACGAGCUGUCCUCCAGUCUGAACAAUGGCCAUGAUCUCAGCGAUAUGGAGAGGCCGCGAAAAGUUCGAAGAUCUCGAACAACAUUUACAACAUUUCAAUUGCAUCAACUGGAGCGGGCCUUCGAGAAGACCCAAUAUCCAGACGUUUUCACAAGGGAGGAUCUGGCAAUGCGCUUGGAUUUGAGCGAAGCACGCGUGCAGGUGUGGUUCCAGAACCGUCGGGCUAAAUGGCGCAAACGUGAGAAGUUUAUGAAUCAGGACAAGGCCGGUUACCUUCUGCCCGAACAAGGACUGCCAGAGUUUCCGCUCGGUAUUCCCCUGCCGCCACAUGGACUUCCGGGUCAUCCGGGCUCGAUGCAGUCGGAGUUCUGGCCCCCGCACUUUGCCCUCCACCAGCAUUUCAAUCCCGCUGCAGCCGCCGCCGCAGGUCUGCUGCCCCAGCAUCUGAUGGCGCCCCACUACAAGCUGCCCAACUUCCAUACCCUGCUCUCCCAGUACAUGGGCCUGAGCAAUCUUAAUGGGAUCUUUGGAGCGGGAGCAGCGGCUGCGGCGGCAGCGGCCUCGGCCGGAUAUCCGCAGAAUCUUUCGCUGCACGCCGGACUGUCCGCCAUGAGCCAGGUGAGCCCGCCGUGCAGCAACAGCAGUCCGCGCGAGAGUCCCAAGCUAGUGCCUCAUCCCACGCCGCCCCAUGCCACGCCCCCCUCUGGCGGAGGAGGCGGUGGAGGUGGGGGUGGCACCUCCCUCCUCUCCGGCGGACUCAUCUGCACGGCCGCCCAAUCGCCGAGCAGCGCUGCCGGCGCCAGCAGCAACGCCUCCACUCCCGUCUCCGUGGUCACCAAGGGCGAGGACUGAAUGCCCCGUGAUAUUCGGAUUCGGACUCGUUAUGUACAUACAUAUAUACAUAUUUGUAGAUAUCUAGUUGUAUUUUUACGGUUCUAUAGCCCGCGCACUGUAAGAUAUACAUGGAGCUUUGUCUAUCGCCAAAGUUAACGUAGUCGUAACACCUAAUGCAUUAUCUAUCUGUAAGAGAUCUUCGCGCGUAAUUAGCCACUUGCGGACAUAAAGGUAGUCUAUCCAC